UUUUCGAAAACGUGCUUUCGAUUUCUACACAUUUUCUGUAAACAGGUUUGCAUAAGAGCGGACACAUUAAAACCUGAAUGAAUAGGUUGAGUUAUGCAGAAUUGUUUUGCUUUCAAUCAAUGACUGAUCAUUAGAAUAACUGCGUUAAGAAUAAGUUGUGUUAAGCUGUACAGUACGGUAUAAGUAGUUGAUUACUGAAAAAAAAAAUAAGUGCAUCGGAUUUCGGAUAGUAUUAUUUCAGAUACAUAGAACAAUGGCAUCUGAAUUCGUGACAGAAUAUUCAGACUCUGUCCUAGAUGGUGCUCGAAUUAAUAGCCUUCCAAUGGCAGGUGGUGUUUCGACAUUGGAUAAUCGUAUUCAUAACACCAGUUGUCGUGAAUCUGACGAUGUUGCAGCUUCGCCCGAUGCUGUAAAAAUAAAGGAGCCCUUAAUAUGCCAACCGUGCAGAGAUUAUGAAUCGGAAUUGCUGCCAGCAGAGGGUUUUUGUGUCACGUGCGGCGAACAUCUAUGUGCCGUCUGCUUUCAACACCACACGUUACCGCGGCCGAUGCGUGACCAUGUUCUUCAAGGGAAGGAUGAAAUGCCACGAAAAAGUUCCAUGGAAACCACGGACACUCCCUGGAAACCCAGACACAUGUGUCCAAUCCACGAUAACGAAGAAAUAACAUCCUUUUGCAAUAAUCAUAACAUGCUCUGUUGCAAGAACUGUGUUUUCCUCGCACACGAACUAUGCUUAGACGUCAACAGCAUUGAAGUGAAAAGCGAAAAUAUCGAGGUAGUUGGUGAGUUUCAAUCAUUUCUAAAAUCUUUGAAUGACUUACUUGUUGGCUAUAAACAAACUCGUUCAGUUGCUGUGCAAAACAUGAAAGAAAUUGACUGGUAUUAUGAUCAGGCAUUGAUGACAUUCAAACAAACGAUUGCCGGUAAGCGCGUACAGGAUCUCGGCAAAAUCAGUAAGGCAGCAGACGUUUGCGAUAAAGUUAUCAAUCAGCUUAAUGACACAAUUGACAAUAUAGAACAAUCUCGAGAACGUCGCAACACCACAGAAUUAUUCUUUCGCUUGAUAUCCAUGAAGAAUCAUACCGUUCUAAUUGGCGAAAAUCUGAGAAGAAUAAACCAGGAUAAUUCGUUCGAACGAUACUUCUUUCAACCAAAGAGUACGACCUUGUGUUUUGGACAGACACUUUCGGUAUCCACCUAUAUAUCCAUUAUAUUACAUGACGACGCUGAAUGCAACCAGCUACUUUUGUGCACUGGUAACAAUCUAAUCUGCAUAAGCCAAACUAAAAUCUCGUGCAUAAACACAUUGACAAAGAUGAAGAAUGGAAUUAAUAUCCUGAAGUCUCCGUGUUUGGCACAGUACGUCGGGAAUGAGCUUAUUGUAAUUCAAACGGAACCACCAAGCAAGCCUUCAUUAGGUAACUUGCGAUGGACUGACGACACAGAUGUAGAAUUACAGGAAAACAAUCUAACCACCGAUUCAUUCGAAGAAGAAAUUGCAGCGCCGGCAACAGCCGUGGGGACAAAAACAGCAAGUUUAACACCAAGCACCGGAGGCUUGUUUGGAGCAGCAAGUACAACACCAAGCACCGGAGGCUUGUUUGGAGCAGCAAGUACAACACCAAGCACCGGAGGCUUGUUUGGAGCAGCAAGUACAACACCAAGCACCGGAGGCUUGUUUGGAACGCCAAGUACAACACCAAGCUUUGGAGGCUUGCAUGAACCACCAAGCACAACACCAAGCUUUGGAGGCUUGUUUGGAACACCACGUACAACACCAAGCACCAGAGGCUUGUUUGGAGCAUCAAGUACAACACCAAGCACCGGAGGCUUGUUUGGAACACCAAAUACAACACCAAACACCGGCGGCUUGUUUGGAGCACCAAGUACAACACCAAGCACCGGAGGCUUGUUUGGAGCAGCAAGUACAACACCAAGCACCGGAGGCUUGUUUGGAACACCAAGUACAACACCAAGCACCGGCGGCUUGUUUGGAACACCAAGUACAACACCAAGCACCGGAGGCUUGUUUGGAACACCAAGUACAACACCAAGCACCGGCGGCUUGUUUGGAACACCAAGUACAACACCAAGCACCGGAGGUGUGUUUGGAGCACCAAGUGCAACACCAAUCAAUCGAGGUUUGUUUGGAACACCAAUUACAACACCAAGCGUGUUCGGAGCAUCAAGUACAACAUCAAUCAAUGGAGGCAUUUUUGGAGCACCAAAUACAACACCAAGCAAGUGGGGCUUGUUUGGAACACCAAGCACAACACCAAUUAAUGGAGGCCUGUUUGGAGCCGCAACAUCAACAUCGAGCACCGGGGACAUGUCGCCAACUGCAAGUGUCGGAUUGAUUGGGCAAGCAAUUACAACAAGUACAGCAACACAUGAACGAAACCUGUUAGCAGUGCGAAAAGGGAUAGCAGAUGUACGUAACGAGAUAGCAGCAGUACGUAAAGAAAAGCUUACAAAUGCAAAACCAAUACAGUUUCCUGUACAGGCAAUUACAUCUUUGAAAUUGAAAUAUGUAUCUGUCGAGAAAAUCUAUACUGCCCUUACAUGCAAUGGAACUGAUUUAAUUGCUGUUUGUCUUGACCCGUUGGGAAUUGAUGAACUUGACGCUAAGGGUCACACUAAACGCAGUACGGUCGUCAGCAAUCUCGAGGCUCUUACAUUCAAUGGGACGCAGUUCAUAAAACAUCCAACAUGUGCCGUUUACGACGUUACCGAGGACAUAAUAUAUAUAUAUGUCACUGAUUCUAAGAUAGACUCGGUGUUUAAGGUGACAAAAUUAGGUGAAUGUCGCUGUGUUGUGAGAUCAGAACGCCUAGCUUCGCCUUCUGGAAUCGCCCUGUGUGGUGAUGGCACUUUAAUGGUCUGUUGCAGCAAGGUCAAGUGCGUUGUCAAGGUGACCAAAGAUGGUCAUAUCUACAGCUUCAUUGGACCGCUACAGUUCGAACCGUUGGCAUUGGCCUAUGACGAGACCAAUGGGCUGUUGUAUAUUGGUGGAAAAUGUAGUGAGAUUUAUGUGUAUAAUGCAUAGUGAACUAAUAAAACGAUUGUUAUGGUGUAGUGGAAGCUUAUUGACUAUGAUUGUUAUGGUGUAGUGGAAGCUUAUUGACUAUAUAUAUGUAAUGAAUUGCAGAUUGUAAUUUUUAAAGUAAAAGGUCAUAUACAUAAGAAGUUUAUGAAAUAUAUAUGGCAGUCCUUUUUAACUGUUGAUAUCAGUGUGGUUAUGCAAAAGGAGUUCAAUAUAACAUAAACCUAAGUUUAAUUUACAA